CUGGCUACAACUUCAGUUUGAACAAAUUGAUAAAUUUGUACACUUUACACCAUUCCAUAACGCGAAUUUAUCAUUCCUGAUUUUUUUUUUAAAUUAAUAUAAUUAUUGUUAUUUAACUUGUUCAUCUCUAGUGGCUUACAGUGACAUCAAACAUGACUAAAUUAAUGGAAUGGUUGUCAGUGUUGAGUGUGUUAAUCUCAGUAUGGAUCAGUUGUUUCACCAACCGCUAUAAGUUUGAGAUCUUGGAUCAGUACAAGGAAUUUAUACUCUACUUGCCUUUUAUAUUAAUUGCACUCUUUGGGCUAUAUGCAGUAGCAGUUGUAUUGUACCGAGUGUUCACUUUUAAUAACUGUGUUGAAGCAGCUGCUGAAGUGCAAAAGCAAAUUAUAGAGGCGAAAGAAGAUUUAGCUAAGAAAGGGUUUGUGUUCAAGACUUCGUGAUGGUAGUUAGUAGGAGAAUGUAAAUAAUUGCUCUUUUUUUUAAUUGUUAUAGCACUUAAUUUUUUUUGCUUUGUAAUACAUUUUUCUAUAUA